AUGGUGAAAGAGUUAUAUUUGAUUGAACAGUUCAGAGAUUUGAGUCUGAUUUCUGAAAAAGUAGGAGAAGUAGCCUAUCCUAUUGCUUUGGCGCCGAUGCUUGCAAAUUUGCACGAUGUAUUUCAUAUAUCUCAACUGAGGAAGUACGUUGCGGGUCCAUCCCAUGUGAUCCAAGUAAAUGAUGUACAAGUGAAAGACAAUUUGACCGUUAAAGCCUUACCUGUGAGGAUUGAAGAUCGGAAACAUAAGCAGUUAUGUGGCAAAGAGAUAGCUUUGGUAAGAGUAGCUUGGGGAGGACCGGCUGAUGGGAAUGUCACUUCGGAGCUAGAGAUCCAGAUGAAACAUUCCUAUCCGGAACUCUUUAAUUGA